CCCUCUCACUCAGUGCGGCAGUGCCUCCACGGGUGACAACAAGUGAACAUGGGCUGCGACGCCUUGAUCCCAGGUUUGGGUGAUUUCGAGUACGUGCUGACGGUUGUGGGCCUUCUGUACGUUGUGAAGUUAGCCAUUCAGACUCUGUGGGCCAUAGUGAACGGCAUUAGAGAUCACUGGUGGUCCAGGUUAUGGAAGAAACACCUCGUUGAAGACUACGGCAAGUGGGCAGUGGUGACGGGCUGCUCAGAUGGUAUCGGAAAGGAAUAUGCAAAAGAGCUUGCCAAAAGUGGCAUGAAUAUUAUUCUCAUCUCACGCACAUUAGAGAAAUUGCAGAAAGUGUCUACUGAAAUUGGUCAGGAAUAUGGAGUUGAGACUGAAAUUGUACAGCUGGAUUUCAUGACAGGACGACCCAUUUAUGAGGACAUAGCAAAACACCUCGAGGAUAAAGAGAUUGGAGUUUUAGUUAAUAAUGUAGGUGUAAUGCUGUCCCAUCCCAUGGAGUUUGAGCUUUCAUCUGACAAAGACAUCUGGAACCACAUCAAUGUUAACAUGGCGUCUGUGCCGGCAAUGACGAAGCUGAUUCUUCCAGGAAUGUUGUCAAGAGGCAAAGGGGCAAUAAUUAAUGUAGCUUCAAUUGCUGGACUACACCCCAUCCCUCUAAUGGGGAUAUACUCUGCUUCAAAGGCUUUUGUUGAUUACUUCUCACAAGCACUAGACUGGGAAUACCGUGGAUCAGGCAUCACCGUCCAGACUGUUACCCCAUCCUACGUUUCUACUAACAUGACCAAAUUUUCAGAGCUUGUCCACAGACCUAGUGUGUUAAUCCCAACAGCACAAACGUUUGUCUCGAAUGCAUUACACACUCUAGGUUAUGCUCGUCGAACUAGCGGAUAUUGGGCUCAUGGCAUCCAAGUACACAUGGUGGAGACCUUUGUCAACAAGUGGAUGUUUAUGUAUGGCAACUAUAUGUGGAAUUCAUAUCUGCUGUGGAAUAUGAAAAAGAAUCAAGCCCGCAGCCGAUGAAGCUCCAGGUACUGAAGCUAACCACUGGGAGGCACAUCCAUUUUCUCUGAUGGCAGUACAUUAUUAGGUUAUGGAUCUAGGGAUGAGCAUCAACCCAUCAGUGUUUAGCGGGGGUCUUAUUGUUUAUUGUUAUUGAAAAUAGUUAUUUUAUUUUUAUACAUCUUUUAUACACUGUGUCUCACAAAAAUGUAAACACACUCACUGCUUUACCAAUUUUCAUGGAGAUCACUUGAAUACUUGUAUCACAACAGCAACAUUGUCCUCACUUGUUGAUGUACGAGGUCUCCUAAAUGUGAGGACAACGUUGCUGCUACAUUACAAGCAUUCACACAAUCUCCAUGAAAAUGUGUAAAGCAGUGUUAUGGAGUAUGUUUUUUUUGAGACACUGCAUGUCGCUAGCUUACUGUUGUGUUUACUUAUUGCAAUAAUGCACAGUUUUGAAGUAAUUGAAGGAAAUGCAAUGUAUCCUGUAAACCUGUUUCAUACAUUGAAAGAUGGCUUAUUUCUCAAGUGCUGUAUUUUAAGAUCAUGUUUUUUUUUGUUUUUUAAUAAACUUAUACUGUACAAAUAUGUGAGUGAGGGGAAUAUGACUCCAUGAUAAUUGUUGAAAGAGUUUUGAGGAUAUAACAAUAUUAGUUGUGUGGAGAAUCUACAACACUCCAGACCAGUUAUGAGUGUGACAAGUAGCUUCUUUCUAAUCAAAUUUGGAUUCACAGGGACACUGCCCUGUUUCUUCUGUUACAGUAGAACAUUGAUUUAAAGCGAUUCAAUUUAAGAUUAUUGAUUUAAAGCGACACCCACAAUUAAGGACAAUGUUUUAAUUUAAAGCGAAUCUUUCCUAUUUUG